AUGGAGCUGGGCCGCCAAGCAGGUACAACAGGUUUGACAGGGGCCCAUCUGAGCAACAAGGAGAGCCAGCAGGAUGUGGAUCCCUGGAAAACUGCCUGCAGCUCCUCGGACUCCUCCAAGUUCAAGCACCAGGACCCGCUCUCUCCGCAGCAGCAGCAACCGUGUCUGCCCUGGGGAGGCAGCACCCAGGGAAGCCCCCUAGAGCAGUGCCCUAGGGAGGAGAUCCGCCCUCCGCCUCCCUCUGCUGUCAGCAGGGGCUCUCUGGAGAUGGACCCACAGAAGGGGGGCUCCAGAUCUUCCUCGAGAGAGAACAGGGUCACCUUCCAGGGGGAGGCUCAGCCAUGUCAAGGGCCAGACAGGGGCCCCAACGUGGGGGCGCAGGCCCAGGGGAGCAAGCCUGGGAGCCAGAAGGACAGCGUCAUUCCUGACAACAUUCGCCACAAGUUUGGGAGCAGCGUGGUGGACCAGCUGGUCUCCGAGGAGCAGGCUCGAAGGGCUAUUGGUGAAGGCUUCCAGAGCCAGAAAAGGGCAAGCUCGUGGCCCAGCAGGACCCAGAGUCCCAUGGAAAUCUCCUCCAUCCUCUCAGACUACUACGAUCUAGGCUAUAACAUGCGGUCAAACUUGUUUCAAGGGGCCCUUGAGGAGCCAAAGAGCCUCAUGAAGGCUUCUUACACACCGGAAGUGAUUGAGAAAUCAGUGAGGGACAUAGAACACUGGCAUGGCAGGAAGACGGAUGAUCUGGGACGGUGGCACCAGAAAAAUGCUAUGAACCUGAACUUGCAGAAAGCGCUAGAGGAGAAAUAUGGAGAAAAGAGCAAAACCAAGAGCUCAAAGUACUAGAUAUGACACAGAAGAGGUGCCCUCCAGUCAAAUAAAGUGCUGACAAGAAUAGCACAAA